AUAGGUCAGGAUUUUACUGAUAAUGUUUCCUUAACAGAACUCUUAAAAAUCUCGACAUGACUUUAUCGGAUUUUUACAUCUCAGUAUAGGUGAAAAAAAGCAGUGCAAAGUUAUUGUCGACCCAAACAUGUUUGGACACAAGAUGUAUCUGCUGGUAGUGCUUUAUAGCAUUUGGAGUGCAGCUAACAGUCAAGAUGUUGAUGGAGGCUGGAACUCUUGGAUGGAAUGGUCCACAUGUUCUGUCUCAUGUGGUCAUGGAUAUCACGUGAGAUCCAGGAUCUGCGAUUCUCCUGAGCCCUCGGGGAAUGGUACUAAUUGCACUGGCACUGAUUACGACACAAGGUCAUGCGAACUGCCACAUUGUCCAGUUGAUGGUGACUGGGGGAGCUGGGAAGAGUGGAGAGGUUGUACCACAACAUGUGGAUAUGGUGUUACCUUUCGGACCAGACACUGUGACAACCCAGCCCCGGCAUAUAACGGAUCUGAUUGUGUGGGCACAGGGCAAGGUUUCUCUAAAUGUUUCGAUAAAGAAUGUCCAGUUGAUGGUGGGUGGACUAAUUGGUCUGACUUUGGAGAAUGCAGCAGUACCUGCGGCUUUAACAGGAUAAAAGAAAGAUCACGAAAUUGCACGAAUCCUGCACCAGCUUUCGGAGGUCAAAACUGUACAGGUGACGAGAAUGAAAAAGAAUCUUGCGAUUUCGUUGACUGUAAAGAUGGCACCUGGAAUUCUUGGGGAGAAUGGGGAGAAUGCAGCGCCACCUGCGGCACGUCUGUUCAUUUCCGGUUCCGGAACUGCACGCUCUCAACAGCUAACAAUGGUACUUGUGAUGGCCGAGAGUAUGUGAGUGGACUGUGUUCGUCAUUUUGUCCAGUCGACGGUAACUGGGCAUCCUGGGAAAAAUGGUCAGACUGCUCAUCGACUUGCGAACAAGGUACAAGAACUAGGUUGAGAAAAUGCGUGAAUCCAACACCUGCACAUGGCGGUAAAGACUGCGAAGGAAUAAGUUCACAGACGGAAAACUGUACAAAUCCAACAUUUUGUCCAAUUGAUGGAGGUUGGACGGAAUGGGAGGAGUGGUCACAGUGUGACAAGUCAUGUGACUUAGGGUACCAAGUUCGACUCCGGCGCUGCGCUAACCCGCCACCUUACUACAACGGCAAACCGUGCGACGGUAAGGACAUCGAACCACGAGAGUGUAACAAAGACCCCUGCCCAGUGAAUGGAAACUGGACGAACUGGUUUCCAUGGAGUCCGUGCUCUGUCUCAUGCGGUACCGGUACUAAAAGUAGAUUACGCACAUGCUCAAAUCCAAAACCUCUGCACGGCGGAGACUACUGUGUUGGCGAAUUUGAGGAAACUAGUACCUGCAAAACAUCCGACGAUCCAGCAUGUCCAGUCGAUGGUGGCUGGACUGUGUGGGGGAACUGGAGUAGUUGUUCAAUCACGUGCGGCACGGGAACUAUUACAAGGUCGAGAAGUUGCACGAAUCCCCCAACACGCGGCACGGGCAAACCUUGUGACGGACUGGGUGUAGAGAAUAAGACAUGUUCGGUCGCUACAGACUGUCCAGUGGAUGGAGGUUGGUCCACGUGGCGUGCCUGGUACCCUUGUUCUGUGACAUGUGGCGCGGGGACCCAAACUAGGCUCCGAACUUGCUCUAACCCUAAACCCCAGCACGGCGGAAAGUAUUGUGAGGGAGAACCAGACGAGAACAAGAACUGCACAGCGGCCUUAACUUGCACUGAUGGCGGCGACGCUGCACUUGUUGGUUAAAUUCAUUCUGUAUCCUGGUGUUUAUACCCUGUUAUAGAAUAUCAUAAUAAAACACUGUAAAAGACG